UGAGAGCGGGGAGCGAGGAGCGGGCCGGCGGCAGGAGGAGCCCCCCGGGGAGGAGGGGCCGGCGCUGGGAGCGCGGCUGCGGGGCGCGGGGCGCGGAGCGAUGGCGGCGGGGCGAGCGCGGCGGCUGCUCGGCUCCCUCUGGCUGGCGCUGCUCCUCGGGCAGCCGCAGCCCUCGGCCGCCGCCGCGCGGAGCGGCCCCCGGAACCCCCUGACAGGGUCUGUUGUGAGAACCUUCACUCCUUUUUACUUCCUGGUGGAGCCGAUGGACAUUCUGUCAGUUCGUGGGGCCUCUGUUAUAAUGAACUGUUCAGCUUAUUGUGAAACUCCUCCGAAGAUCGAAUGGAAGAAAGAUGGGACUCUUCUAAACUUGGUCUCCGAUGACCGUCGCCAGUUGCUGCCAGAUGGGUCUUUAUUAAUAAACAGUGUGGUGCAUUCCAAGCAUAAUAAACCUGAUGAAGGAUAUUAUCAGUGCGUGGCAACUGUGGAAAGCCUGGGGACCAUUGUAAGCAGAACAGCAAAGCUCACGGUAGCAGGUCUUCCCAGGUUCACCAGCCAGCCGGAGCUGUCGUCUGUCUAUAAAGGAAACAGUGCAAUCCUGAACUGCGAGGUGAACGUUGACCUCGCGCCGUUUGUGAGGUGGGAGCAGGAGCGGCAGCCCCUCGUCCUGGAUGAGCGCGUCUUCAAGCUGCCGAGCGGGGCGCUGCUUGUUGGUAACACGACUGAGACAGACGGAGGAUUCUACCGCUGCGUCAUUGAAAGUGGAGGCACCCCCAAAUACAGCGAGGAGGCAGAGCUCAAAAUUCUUCCGGAUCCAGAAGAGCCCCAGAGCUUGGUCUUCGUGAGGCAGCCGUCUUCACUUACGAAAGUUACUGGGCAAAACGUGGUGUUUCCAUGUGUUGCUGGAGGAUUUCCAACUCCGUAUGUCAGAUGGACAAAAAAUGGAGAAGAGCUAAUCACAGAAGACUCCGAGAGGUUUGCGCUGCGUGCGGGGGGCAGCCUGCUCAUCACUGAUGUUACAGAGGAGGAUGUUGGGACCUACAGCUGCAUAGCAGAGAACGAGAACGAGACGAUUGAAGCUCAGGCAGAGCUUGCAGUACAAGUUCCUCCUGAGUUUCUGAAGCGACCUGCAAACAUUUAUGCUCAUGAAUCUAUGGACAUUGUCUUUGAGUGCGAAGUGACUGGAAAACCUACUCCAACGGUGAAGUGGGUCAAGAACGGAGACGUGGUGAUUCCAAGUGACUACUUCAAAAUCGUUAAAGAACAUAAUCUACAAGUUUUGGGUCUGGUGAAAUCGGAUGAAGGAUUCUAUCAGUGCAUUGCCGAAAAUGAUGUUGGAAAUGCACAGGCUGGAGCCCAGCUGAUAAUACUUGACCUCGCACCAGCUACAACAGGACCACUGCCUACAGCCCCUCGGGACGUCGUGGCCACCCUCGUCUCCACUCGCUUCAUCAGGCUGACGUGGCGGACACCGGUGUCAGACCCGCAGGGAGACAACCUCACCUAUUCAAUCUUCUACACCAAGGAAGGUAUCAACAGGGAACGUGUUGAAAACACCAGUCGUCCUGGAGAGACACAAGUGAUGAUCCAAAACCUGAUGCCAGAAACGGUUUAUGUCUUCAGAGUUGUGGCUCAGAACAAGCAUGGCCAUGGAGAGAGCUCAGCACCACUGAAGGUGGCCACGCAGCCCGAGGUUCAGCUGCCUGGUCCAGCACCCAAUAUCCGAGCAUACGCCGGCUCCCCCACCUCUGUCACCGUCACGUGGGAAACGCCGCUGUCUGGCAAUGGGGAAAUCCAGAACUACAAGCUCUACUACAUGGAGAAGGGGCAGGACAGCGAGCAGGAUGUUGAUGUAGCAGGACUCUCCUACACCAUUACUGGAUUAAAGAAGUACACUGAGUAUAGUUUCCGAGUGGUGGCUUACAAUAAACACGGCCCUGGCGUCUCUACCCAAGAUGUUGUUGUGCGAACGCUGUCAGAUGUUCCCAGUGCUGCACCACAGAAUCUAACGCUGGAGGUGCGGAAUUCCAAGAGCAUCAUGCUGCACUGGCAGCCUCCUCCUGCGGGGACGCACAGCGGCCAAAUCACCGGCUACAAAAUCCGCUACCGCAAAGUGUCCCGUAAGAGUGAUGUGAGUGAGAGCGUCGGGGGGACGCAGCUUUUCCAGCUAAUUGAAGGUCUUGAACGAGGCACGGAGUACAACUUCAGGAUAGCUGCCAUGACUGUGAAUGGCACUGGGCCAGCUACUGACUGGGUGUCAGCAGAAACGUUUGAGAGCGAUCUAGAUGAAAGCCGUGUUCCUGAAGUUCCGAGCUCCUUACACGUCCGUCCUCUGGUCACCAGUAUUGUGGUAAGCUGGACUCCACCUGAGAACCAGAACAUUGUGGUGAGAGGUUAUGCCAUAGGGUAUGGCAUCGGCAGUCCUCAUGCACAGACCAUCAAGGUGGACUACAAGCAGAGAUACUACACCAUUGAAAACUUAGACCCGAGCUCACACUACGUCAUAACUCUGAAAGCAUUCAACAAUGUUGGGGAAGGCAUUCCUCUCUACGAGAGCGCAGUGACCAGGCCUCAUUCAGACACUUCCGAAGUUGAUUUGUUUGUUAUUAAUGCUCCAUACACUCCAGUGCCAGAUCCAUCUCCCAUGAUGCCACCGGUGGGAGUUCAGGCUUCCAUUCUGAGCCAUGACACCAUACGGAUCACUUGGGCAGACAACUCUCUGCCAAAGAACCAGAAGAUCACGGAUGCUCGCUACUACACAGUUCGCUGGAAAACCAAUAUUCCUGCUAAUACAAAGUACAAGACGGCCAACGCGACCACUCUGAGCUAUUUAGUGACUGGCUUAAAACCAAACACCUUGUAUGAAUUCUCCGUGAUGGUGACUAAGGGGCGAAGGUCGAGCACGUGGAGUAUGACAGCCCAUGGGACAACUUUUGAACUAGUUCCUACUUCACCUCCCAAGGAUGUGACUGUGGUGAGCAAAGAGGGAAAGCCUCGGACCAUCAUUGUGAACUGGCAGCCUCCAUCCGAAGCCAACGGCAAAAUUACAGGGUACAUCAUUUACUACAGUACGGAUGUGAAUGCUGAGAUACAUGACUGGGUGAUUGAGCCCGUUGUGGGGAACAGGCUGACCCACCAGAUACAGGAGCUGACCCUCGACACGCCGUAUUACUUCAAAAUUCAGGCCCGCAACUCGAAGGGCAUGGGGCCCAUGUCUGAGGCCGUCCAGUUCAGGACCCCUAAAGCUGAAUCCUCAGAUAAAAUGCCUAAUGAUCAAGCUUCGGGAUCUGCAGGGAAAGGAAGCCGCCCGGUGGACGUGGGGCCGGACUACAAACCCCCGCUCAGCGGCAGUAACAGUCCCCAUGGAAGUCCGACCUCUCCCUUGGAUAGCAACAUGCUUCUUGUCAUCAUAGUGUCUGUUGGGGUCAUCACCAUUGUGAUAGUGGUCAUCGUCGCCGUUUUCUGCACGCGUCGUACCACUUCUCACCAAAAAAAGAAACGGGCUGCCUGCAAAUCAGUGAACGGGUCCCACAAGUACAAAGGGAAUUCCAAAGAUGUCAAGCCUCCUGACCUUUGGAUCCAUCAUGAAAGACUGGAGCUAAAACCCAUUGAUAAAUCUCCAGAUCCCAAUCCCAUCAUGACAGAUACCCCAAUCCCUCGCAACUCCCAGGACAUCACCCCAGUUGAUAAUUCCAUGGACAGCAAUAUUCACCAAAGGCGGAACUCCUACAGAGGGCAUGAGUCGGAGGACAGCAUGUCCACGCUGGCAGGAAGAAGGGGGAUGAGGCCCAAGAUGAUGAUGCCUUUUGAUUCUCAGCCGCCUCAGCCUGUGAUUAGUGCCCAUCCCAUCCAUUCACUCGAUAACCCUCACCAUCAUUUCCACUCCGGCAGCCUCGCUUCUCCAACUCGCAGCUAUCUCCAUCACCAGGUCAGCCCGUGGCCGAUGGGCACAUCCAUGUCCCAUUCAGACAGGGCCAAUUCCACAGAAUCCGUUCGGAACACACCGAGCUCUGACACCAUGCCGGCCUCCUCGUCCCAGCCUUGUGCAGACCACCAGGACCCCGACAGCAGCUCGGGUGCUUACCUGGGCAGUGCACAGGAGGAGGAUGCGGCCCAGAGCCUGCCCACAGCUCACGUCCGUCCAUCCCACCCGCUGAAGAGCUUUGCAGUACCAGCAGUGCCAGCAGCCGGCUCUGCCUACGACCCUGCGCUGCCCAGCACCCCACUGCUGACCCAGCAAGCUCCCUCCCAUCCAGUUCACUCGGUGAAGACUGCAUCGAUUGGGACUUUAGGAAGAACACGGCCUCCCAUGCCUGUGGUGGUUCCCAGUGCCCCUGACGUGCAGGAGACCACCAGGAUGCUCGAGGACUCGGAAAGCAGCUAUGAACCAGAUGAGCUGACCAAAGAGAUGGCCCACCUGGAAGGACUCAUGAAGGACCUUAAUGCCAUCACUACAGCAUGACCACCUUCACCAGGACAUGACUCCAGAUUGUUUCACACGUCUUGGGACUCAGCCUUGGAACACAAGGAAUUGUACAGUAAAAAAAAAAUAAAUACAGAAGAGGGACAGCACAUCGAGAGCAUCCCCAGGAGGCAGAGGAACCAAUUGGUGCAUUUGUGCUACAGCUGGUCACAGAGGAACGACCUUCCCGGCCAUCAUCCUGUAACAAAGUCACACCAAGCUGAGUUCCAUUUACCUGCUGAGUCCAUGCAGGAUGGGACUGAAAUCUAGCAUCCAGACAAAAGGAAAGAGAGUGGACUUCAUAAGUUUUAUUUUUUCCUGGUCAGGUUUUGUCUCAGUGGUGUGAUUGCCCUGCCUUUUCAGUGUUGGACAUUUGCAUUUAUGUACAAUUUUGUGUUUUUAUUUUAUCUUUUUUUUUAUAUAUAUAUAAAAAGGAAAAAAAUAAUGUAAUCAAGGAAAAAAAAAAAAAAAAGGAGAAACUAUUGUUUUUCACAGCCUAGGCUGACAUUUGACUGCUUGUUCUAUUGUGUAUGAAAAUUCAUUGCCAGUGUGGGUUGUUCUAUUUUGUUUUUUUAUUCUGCAUAUAAUUACGUCCCCUUCUGGCAGUUAAUCCAUGGCCUUUUGGGAUGCUGCACUGUUAUUUGUAAGCUUUUUUUUUAUUAUUAUUUUUAUAUUAUAAUUAUUAAAAGCCUGACUUUCUCCUCUCAUCACUGUGAGAUUACCAGUCUGUUUGAAUUGAAAUGUAAUUUGAAAGGCUUGUUUGUUGCUUUUUUGUGCAGUUUCAAUAUUUUGAGUGGGGAAAAGUAGAUGGGGAGGGAAUCCAGGGGGAGGUUUCAUUAUUGUUGUUUUGCUGUCUUUCUACAUUGACUCGAAAGACUGAAGAAAAUGAAAGCAUCUUCUGUACCGUCCUUCCUUGUAACUCCAGCAUACUGUGUCUCUGGUUACUGAAUUGCAGUGAGCCUCAUUUAGAAACAUUAAAAAAAUUUCCUCCUGUGAAGUAGGUUACCUUAAGUUUAGAUGCCACUACUGCUUGUUUUGGCAACAGUGCUGUUUUGGUGUUGUUAGGUUGAAGGCAGCUCUGUGGGUGCUAGGAGCUGCCUGGGCCUCUCCUCAAUCAAAGGGUAUUUUCCCAUCUUACCUUACACUGUGUCCACAGGACCCUUCAGCAGCAAGUCCAACCCCAGUGCAGUUUCUCCAACCCAGGCCCUUUAAACAAGAAGCCUUCUCUUAAGGAUUCUUGAGAGAUGUAAGCAAGGAAAAUUGGUUUUUUUUUUUCCUAUUCUUUUUGAACCAAGUGAAAAGGAAAACAGUAUUAGUGACUCAGGUGCUGUUCAUGUAUCUGUCUAGAAAGGAAGGAAAAUCAAAAGGGAAAUCCAUUGUGAGGGGAAGCAAAAUCUUAAUCUGUUUUCUCCUUAUGCAGAUGAUUGCUUGGCUCUGCCACAGUCUGAGGAAGAAUGGCAUGAAAGGAGGGACUGUAUCUUACUAAGAAAAAAAACAAUUAAAAAAAGAAACAAAACUCAUCUGCCCAGGAGAUUCCUCUGCAUUUUCACUGUUAAGAUGAAAGGAAACCCAAAACUGACUGACAGGGAGAAGCCAUUUGAUUUCUCCUGGAAGCUCAGCAUCACCAAUAGAGGGAGUGCAGGUACCAGAGGCACUUGCAGAGCCCACUGCUGCCCUGCUGCAGCAGAACGAGCUGUUUGAGAUUUAACAGGACAAACAAAACCCCCAUUGCUUCCCACCCUUUGUAUGCUUCUAACUAAAGCUCUGGGCCUGCAUUCUUGGUGCCCACUGCUGGGGAAAGGAGAGCCAACAGAUGGUCCAGAGUGCAGAAGGCCUUGGGCUGUGGUUUUACUUCCUUUCUUUGCCUGGACUCUUUGUACUGUCAUUUUUAGCACAGUUGCUGGGUUUAUUUAUUAUUAAGGGGAGGGAGGAAAUCAAUGAAUUGGAGCACUGUGGGCUACCUGGAAAACUGAUGUUUGGACUUUUAAUCAAAACAAUUCAGGGCAAAAUAAGCUACAGAACAUGUAUUUCAGUCCUACAACCGCAUACUUUGUCCUGAACGUUUUCCUGGAUGGAUGUUUUCCUUUGCCUAUUUUUUACCUAUACCCAAAGAAAUACCAUCUUACACAUACAGUAUUCUUAGCUGGUGGGUCUUUGUGAAUAUUACUUAUGUAUAACACCAUGAAUGUUAAUAUUGUCAUUGAAUUCGGGGAGGGGGAAUAUUUUUAAUGAUAAAACAACUGUUCAAAGUUGGUUUUUUAAGGUUAAACUAAAAGAAAACAUUUAUUCAAUUCAGUGUACAAUCUGUAUUGCACUUUUUCACAUUUUAAUGCUACGUUUUCUUACAUAUCCUGUGAUUUUAAAUUUGGACAUUGUGUAUCCUUGUAGUGUCAUAGUCAAGCUGUUGAGUGGCAGCUUCCCUCAGAGAGAUUUGGGGAAAAAGCAAACCUGUAUAUUGUUUUAUGACUCUCAUGUAGAAUAAUUUUAAGGACUGCUGUAGACAUUUACCUUCCUGUACAAUUUUUUUUUUUUUUUUUUUUGGCCUUUCUGUAGU